AUGAGUUUGAACGCCGACGGAGGGCAGGCGACGCUAUCGGAUCUCAAAGAAGUGCUAAAAGAUACGCUGGCGGCACGAGGCUCGCUGGAUCAGAUCAAAGCUCGAAUUAGAGCGGAGAUCUUUGCAGCGCUGGAUGAUCAGGAUGUUCCGAAGCCGAAGCUGUCAAAUGAAAAUCUGAUCAUCAACGAGCUCAUUCGUGAGUAUUUCGAAUACAAUGGUUAUCGACAUGCGCUGUCAGUUUUCUUGCCAGAGUCCGGACAGCCAGCUGAAAAACCAUUCGAUCGGCAGUUCUUGUCGAACGAGUUGAACGUCACGGAGGAUCCGCGAUUCACGCAUGUUCCUCUGCUUUACAGCAUUGUCGCGAGUUUGCAGCAAAAACGAAAUCAAGAACAGCAGCGAGAACGUGAUCUCGACGUCGAGCAUCAGAUUGAUCAGUUUGCAGCGAUGCCGACGCACGACGAUCAUGAGCGGCGUAGUUUUGACGAGGAUCAAACACACCAAACAAGAGUCGACGGGACCAAGGAGCCCUCACCUGUGAUAUUCAGGAAGUAA